AUGAAAAAACUCGCGGCCAUAGCCGCCCUGUUUUCCAUUGGAGAUAUCGCAGCUACUCUCAUCUCGACUUCGUUUUUCUCUGAGGCCAACUCGCCCAACUUCGCACUUAUACUCGAUUAUCUACUAUUUCGCCGACCUUACAGUUUCACAACGAGUCCAUUCGAAUUUUUACUGCUUCUUGCAAUUCGUCAACUGAUUCUCUGGACCGCUUUUGGAUUCGUUCAAUGUCACCGAGAGAGUAUUGUGAAGUCGUCAACGUUCGCCGCCAUCGGAUUCUCAGUAUGCAGCUACUCGUUCUCAUUGAUUAAGCUGUUAGCUUUUGCUGAAAACGCAGAAAUGGUCUAUUGGAUCGGAGUGUGGCUAACAGUGGCUUCUUCGAUCAUUGCUUCGUUUACACUUUGUUUGAUUUGGUAUCUAGCAUUGACGUCACACGCCUUCAGCUACCGUCAGUUGAUCAACAGUCAAAUGGACGAAACAACAGAAACCGAAGAGGAUUCAUCAAGCGUUGAAUCCGGUGUGGCACCACGAGCUUCUUUGGGAAAGCAUGUUAUGAAAUUGCUCUCUUAUACCCUCACUUAUUGGCCAUGGUUCUUGGCGGGAUUCGUUUUCCUGAGCAUCUAUGCCUUUGCGCGAGUCUUCAUACCAUCCUACAUGGCGAAAGUAAUAGCGGAUAUCGUGGAUCGCCGUGGAACUGAGGUGAUGGCUCACUCGAUCAUGAUAAUGGGAUUGCUCACUCUCGCAAGUACGAUUUUUGGUGGCCUUCGUGGAGGAUGCUUCGAUUAUGCAACGGCGUUGGUCAGCAGGAAGGUUCGAUUGGAUUUGUUCACGUCGCUUGUGAAUCAGGAUAUCUCUUUCUUCGAUACUACGAAAACUGGUGAAACUCUGUCAAGACUUACUUCGGAUUGUCAAACGAUUUCUUCAACGGUGUCUACCAAUGUGAACGUGUUCCUUCGAAACGGAGUCAUGCUCAUUGGCUCUCUCUGUUUCAUGUUCGCCAUGUCAUGGCGUCUCGCACUUCUGACAUUCAUCGCGAUACCUCUCGUCGCCUAUAUCACAAAGCUCUAUUCGUCUUACUACGAUAAAAUCUCGGAGACAAUGCAGGAAACGAUUGCACAGGCGAAUCAUUCGGCUGAAGAAAUUCUGUCGACGAUGAGAACGGUUCGCAGUUUCGCGUGCGAGAAGCGCGAAGCAAAACGAUUCGAAGAGCAUCUCAACACGACGCUGAAAGUUAACAAGAAACGCUCAAUUGCUUAUAUGGGAUACACUUGGAACAACGAAUUCUCGGAGAAUGCGAUUAUGGUGGCGGUACUAUUCUAUGGCGGACACUUGGUGAUGACGGAUAAAAUGGGGAAAGAAGAACUUAUCACAUUCCUUCUUUAUCAGUUGCAGUUGGGAGAGAAUCUUUACAAUCUUUCUUACGUCAUUUCUGGCCUUAUGGAAGCAGUUGGAGCUUCUCGAAAAGUAUUUGAAUUGAUGAGUCGUCAGCCAUCAUUCCCUCUUGAUGGAGAAAAGAAGCCAAUUGUUAAUGGAAAUUUGAAGUUCGACGAGGUUUCUUUCACAUACCCAGCUCGUCCGAACAACCCGGUUCUCAAGGAAUUAUCGUUAGAAAUCAAACCUGGAGAGACAUUGGCUCUCGUCGGACCAAGCGGAGGCGGAAAGUCUUCGAUUGUAUCGCUUAUCGAGCAUUUCUACGAGCCGAAUAGGGGAGAUGUUACGUUGGACGGAGUACCAAUUAAGGAAAUCAAUCACGUUUAUUAUCAUCAAAAGGUCGCUCUCGUUGCGCAAGAGCCCGUUCUUUACGAAGGCUCAGUCCGUCACAAUAUUCUGUAUGGCUGCGAUUUUGCCACAGAAGAUGAUAUGCUUCAUGCUGCCAAAAUGGCGAAUGUGCAUGAUUUUGUGAUGGAACUUGAGAAGGGUUAUGACACGAACUGUGGUGAGAAAGGAGUCCAAAUGAGUGGAGGGCAGAAGCAGAGGAUCGCCAUCGCGAGGGCGUUGGUCAGAAAUCCGGCAGUUCUGAUUUUGGAUGAAGCGACUAGCGCGUUGGAUGCCGAAUCUGAGGGACUUGUUCAGCAAGCAUUGAACAGAUGUGCCAAAGAGAGAACAGUGAUUAUAAUUGCUCAUCGAUUGUCGACCAUCGAAAAAGCCGACAAAAUCGCUGUGAUCUACAAGGGACGGGUUGCCCAGCAAGGAACUCAUCAGGAACUGAUGAAGGAUCCUGACGGCAUUUAUUAUUCACUUGUCAAUCGCCAAAUGCUGGCUGCUAAAGAAGAAAAGAAGGAAGAAAAAUACGGAACGAUCAUUGGUAUUGAUCUCGGAACUACUUACUCGUGUGUCGGAGUUUACAAAAAUGGACGUGUUGAAAUUAUUGCCAACGAUCAAGGAAACCGUAUCACUCCAUCGUACGUUGCGUUUACUGGGGAUCAAGGAGAACGAUUGAUUGGAGAUGCCGCCAAGAAUCAGCUCACCAUCAAUCCAGAAAACACCAUCUUCGAUGCCAAGCGUCUUAUUGGAAGAACAUACAAUGACAAGACUGUUCAAGCUGAUAUCAAGUUGUGGCCAUUCAAGGUCCUCGACAAGAACAACAAGCCUCACGUGCAUGUCAAAGUUGGAUCUGAUCAGAAGCAAUUCACUCCUGAGGAAAUUUCCGCUAUGGUUUUGGGAAAAAUGAAGUCCAUCGCCGAAUCAUACCUUGGACAUGAAGUGAAACAUGCCGUCGUUACCGUUCCAGCUUACUUCAACGACGCUCAACGCCAGGCUACCAAGGAUGCCGGAGUGAUUGCUGGUCUUAACGUUGUCAGAAUUAUCAACGAACCAACCGCUGCCGCGAUUGCCUACGGUCUUGACAAGAAGGAAGGAGAGCGCAAUAUCCUCGUUUUCGAUCUCGGAGGUGGUACUUUUGAUGUCUCGCUUCUUACCAUUGACAAUGGAGUGUUCGAAGUGCUCUCCACCAACGGAGACACUCAUCUUGGAGGAGAAGACUUUGACCAACGCGUCAUGGAAUACUUCAUCAAAGUGUACAAGAAGAAGACUGGAAAAGACUUGCGCAAGGAUAACCGCGCCGUUCAGAAGCUUCGUCGUGAAGUUGAGAAGGCUAAGCGCGCUCUCUCCACCCAACAUCAAACCAAGAUUGAGAUCGAAUCGCUCUAUGAUGGAGAAGACUUCUCUGAGACACUCACCCGUGCCAAAUUCGAGGAGCUCAACAUGGAUCUCUUCCGUGCCACUUUGAAGCCAGUCCAGAAGGUUCUUGAGGAUGCCGACUUGAAGAAGACUGAUGUCCAUGAGAUCGUUCUUGUCGGAGGAUCCACUCGUAUUCCAAAGGUUCAACAGCUCAUUAAGGAAUUCUUCAACGGAAAGGAGCCAUCGCGCGGAAUCAACCCUGAUGAGGCUGUUGCUUACGGAGCUGCCGUUCAAGGAGGAGUCAUCAGCGGAGAAGAAAGCUCUGGAGACAUCGUGCUUCUCGACGUCAACCCGCUCACUUUGGGAAUUGAGACUGUUGGAGGAGUCAUGACUAAGCUCAUCUCGAGAAACACGGUCAUUCCAACGAAGAAGAGUCAAGUCUUCUCGACGGCCGCGGAUAACCAGAACACCGUCUCGAUCGUCGUCUUCGAGGGAGAACGCCCAAUGACCAAGGACAACCACAAACUCGGAAACUUCGAUCUUACCGGAAUUCCACCAGCUCCACGAGGAGUGCCACAAAUCGAGGUCACCUUCGAGAUUGAUGUCAACGGCAUCUUGCACGUUUCCGCUGAAGAUAAAGGAACUGGAAAUAAGAACAAGAUCACCAUUACCAAUGAUCACAACCGUUUGAGUCCUGAAGACAUUGAACGUAUGAUCAAUGACGCCGACAAGUUUGCCGAUGAGGACAAAAAGUUGAAGGAGAAGGUUGAGUCGAGAAACGAACUCGAGUCAUAUGCUUACUCACUUAAAUCACAAGUUGCUGACAAGGAAAAGCUUGGAGGCAAACUGUCGGAUGAGGAUAAGACCACCAUUGAGUCUGCCAUCGAGAGAACUAUUGAAUGGCUUGGAUCGAAUCCAGACUCCUCUGUUGAAGAGAAUAAGGAGCAGAAGAAGGAUCUUGAAAGCGUUGUACAACCAAUUGUGAGCAAGCUCUACGGAUCCGGAGGAGCUGAAGGCGCUGGUGCCGGAGAAUCCGCAUCACAGGGUGAGGAUCAUGACGAGCUCUAA